AAUUCAACAUGGCGGAUGCUACUCUGUUACUUUCGUCGCUCCUUUCUUUAUAUAUCCUCUGACCGUGUUUCGCAUUUAUUGGGAUGGAAGGAACAAGCAACAAAUCUCACAAGUCAAGACUUUUUACAUCAAACGUUCUUUUGCAAAAAGAUGAACUGGAAGAAGUAGGUUUUACAUUUUUAUAUUAUCUAUUUGAAAUCGAUGGUAGAUCCUAUGAACGGGGCCUGCGAGUUUGAUACGGUAUUGUUUGUACUUGUCUUGCAGCUUAAUCAGUUGUGUUCCAGUUAGAGCACAGCCCUUUCAAAACACUGAAGGGUCGUAAAAAAAAUAUGGACGGACGGUGGUCUGGAGCUUCUCAUGGAUUUUUCGAGCUACUGAAACCAAUACUUAUGCAGUCUUGAAUUGAACUCCAACUUCUUCUUCCUAGCUAGAUAAGCAACCACCAGUGCUGAGACCUUAUUAUUAUUAUAUAUUUGUAAACAUAUGACGAGAAAAAGGACAAGAGGGCAGGGAGCCGGGGAUAUUUUCCGGGCUACUCUAACUAUGACCCCCAGCUACCUUCACAGAAAACAAGAGGAAAUAAAAAUAGAAACAAAUGAACUUCGUAGCUGUUUAAUUCUCUGCCUAAAAUUGUAUAUACCAGCAACUUGAGCUUUAAGAGAUAGCCUUGUCGUACAGAAUUCACAGAUCUGCAUUUUGGUGGAACAUUACCUUGGUAAACAUGGUAAGGCCUGUUACCUUAGGUAUUCAAAGUAGACAGACUGCAAAUUAUCUUAGUUGCUAAAAAAUAUAUAUCUACGUGCCGCAACUGUUCAUCAGUAGGAUGCCUAAAAUGCAUGCAAUUCCACAAUAAUAUUGGUUUCAGCUCCAUUAAAUCCUAUACCAAUUGUAGAACAUUUUAGGAGGAGGUCCUCUAGUCCACCAUAUUGGGCAGUACUACAGUGUAUCUGUAAUAAACCAUCACCUCUUCACAAAUUCCUGCUGUGGUUGCAGUGGCUAAGUAGAUGAAGAUUCAUGAGGGGGGUGAAUAGGGGUAUGCAAAUCCGCCGAUCUGUCAGGGCUGUCAACAAGGGCGGGUAGCUGGCCAAAACCUUCAGCUAGUUCGCCAUCCUUAGCUGGCUACUUUCAUCUCAUUCUGCCAUAAAUGAGUCAUAACUGCUAACAAAAAAUAAGUACCAUCUAAUAAAAUUUUAAAGCAUCUGUUUCCCAGUUUUGAAUGACAUUGAACACAUAUUUAAACAGGUGUAGAUCUGUGAAAUGUUCAAACAGUGUGAUGUCAUGGAAUGCCUGGGAAAUUUCGAUGGCAUUGUUCCCAGUCUUACGUGUAUUCUGACAAAACAACAUGGCGUCCAUGGUGGAAAAUACCUCUUGAAACCCCCUGGAAAUGGAUGUCCAAGACUCUAAAUUUCAAAAUGUGAUGAUGAUGAUGAUGAUGAACUUUAUUCAUGUGUCAAUGUAUUUAGCUGACGCUAAUUGGGGUCUCUAGAUGCCUCGGCCCUUAAAAACUUGUGCCUUUUUUGCUAGUUCCAAAGCCACCUACUAUUCAUUAUCAGCGGAGCCUGCUACUUAAAAACUUUUUGACAGCCCUGUCCGUUAUGGUUUAUUGACCAAAUCCGCCCUUUCAUUUUUGCCCUGAAUCCGAAAUCCAGGCAAAAAUAUUUUAAUUACACCCAAAGUCCAAAAUCCGGGCCCAAAAAAUAGAUGAAAUCAUAAUCCACUGCAAUUGCAGGAUCCCAAAAUCCAUUAAAAUCUCACUUUGAUUCCGAAAUCCGGGCAAAUAUAUUUUCAAAAUGCGCCGAUCCGUUCACCAAUUCACCCCCAUGCACUCUGUGAAUGGUUGAGAAACUUGUAUUUCACUCCCCCACCAUUACAACAACACAGUGUCUUUCAAACUAACCCCGUGCCCCCUCCUUCAUCUUUUUGAGAAACGUAGUUUAAUAUGUUCAGGUAUAAGUGAUGGUAUUCACAAAGCAUUAGUUGUAAAAGGCUGUGAUUUAAAUGCUGUAUUCACAGUUAAGCAUAUUGCAUUUCUUUUUUCGUUUUUCUUAAUUAUAGAGGUUAGAGAAGUGUCAUGGAAUACUCUCCUCUGUGAUUUCAAAUCUUUCAGAAAAUGAAGCUCAUGAUGCUCUUAAUCAAAUGGUUAGUAGAUAUGUAAUAUUUGUAUCCUUUUAACCAAUUUUGCAACUCCUGAUCUUACCCGGGUGCUUAAUCCAAUCAAAAUAAUCAAAUUCCAAAGUGGAAAAUAAAAAUCUUAAUUGAUGUUAAAGCUAUUUAGAUCAUUUCACCAGAGAGCAAGAAGUCAACCUUUUACUCCCAAUUUUGGCUAAUGUAAACAAUUCACAAAAAAAAUCAAUUUUUUUUUAAAAAAUUGAGAAAUAAAAUACUAUUGAAACUUUUUGCCUAAGAGGUUUAAUUUGAAUGGUAAGACCAUAGGAUUUUGUCCAUGGAUUCAUAUUUAAAGGGGAAAUAAUCUGGACAUUAUCUAAUCUAGGAAUGAAAGGAUUGGAAAUGUUUUAUGAUUCACAAAAUAACCUAAUAAUGAUUCAAAUAAUAAUAAUGAUGAUGAUGAUGAUAAUGAUGAUGAUAAUAAGGACUUAGAGAUCAAAAUCUCAAGGAUAUGGGGCCUUAAAAUGGAAACUGUGCCUGCUAGUGAUCGAAGCACUUGGCCUAAAUAAAAAGGGUCUGGGAAAAUACAUUGAAAAAAUUUGUCUAAAAAAUUCCUGGAAACAUCAAUAUUGAGGACCUCCAAAAGAUCAGCCUGCUGGGCACAGCCCAAAUUUCACGGUAAGUGCUCUCUACCACCAACUAGAUAACAACGCCCCCUAAGCCGCUACCAAGGAAACUGGUAGCUUGUCGCACUUCUGGCAAUAGGAACUGCGAAACAAGAAAAAGAUAAUAAUGAUAAUGAUAAUAAUAAUAAUAAAUCACUUGAAUGGACUCUUUAGGCUUCAAAAAACUAAUGCAUGUACACCACAGGAUGUUUGCUUCAUUCCUCCAUCUCCUGUAUCUACUUUGUCAGGUUUGUAAAGGUCCCCAGCAGCAUGAGGAAGCAUCUUUAGGUUUGUUGUACAUCAUACUGGUGGAUCCACCUGCUGCACCAAAGGUGAUUUAAGAUGCUUUAAAGUAAAGCUGAGUUUAGACUAUUAAAAUUGUGAAAGAUUUUUUGCCAUCAAACUUAUGGUUUGUAGGGCAUAUGGCACUUCAUCAACCAGGUAGUAGUAUUUGUUCAAACUCUGAACUUGUGUUGUCUUUAGUAGCAGUUUGUAGAUAGUGCUUUUUUCUGCUUGCAUAAUUAUGUUACAGGUCAAUUGGAUUUAAAGUCAAAAAUUUGUAACCUAGGUUGAGACAAAAGGAAUUGAAAUCAACUGGAGUAUGUUAACAAAUUUUGGUCUGAAAUCAAAUUAAUUGACUUGUAAUGUACAUUUUGGUAUAUUAUAUGUGUUACUGCCCAACUCUGGGGUCAUGUUUACUGGGUAUUUGCUAUGUUAAGGUUCAAUAACUAUUUUAUCCUUUGUUUAACUUGGAUAUUCCAUUGUUUUGGGGUAUGGUUUGAUAAUGGGUUUCAAACAAAGGAAUAUCAAAUUUAACCCAAGGAUAAAACUGAACCACAGCAGCUACAUUCCUUCUUUUGGUCUCUUUUGGUCCAUAAAAACACAAACUGAGCAGGUACUAAUAAAAUGUUCAAAAUACACCUAUAACCACAAAGAAUAUAUUAUUAUAAUAUUAUUAUAGUAAUUAUUAUAAUAUUAAUAUUAUUAUAAUAUUAUUAUUAUUAUUAUUGUAUUAUCACCUUCUUUUUCAAGGCUUUCCGAGACCUAACUUAUAUCACCAGAGAUGGACUUAGUUUGAUUAUCACGAGAUUGAUUGGCAUUGUUACUGACAAGCUCAGUAAACUACUGGACACUGUUAGGACACAGGUAGUGUUAUCACAAUGUAAGCUUAUUUAUUUUAAAAAUUUGAAAUUCUAAGUUCCUUCAUAUGUUCUAAGUAGGAUGUGGGUUUAAUUCAGGUCAAUUUGAUAGAACUGUGGUAAAGUUGCCGUGGCAAGCUAUAGUCUAUGAGCCAAUUUGAAUACUUGGUCAACCAAGAAAUCGUCCCUUAGUAGCCUAUUCCAUGGCCCAUGUCUGCCCAAUGUUUGAUCAAGUAAAGCUCCCUGUGAUUAUAACUGAGGAGUCAUAACAGUCUAGUCCCCAGGUGUCCUCAGCUUGGUCAAUCAUGGACUCUGCCUGGGCAACAGAGAACACCUAGGGACUUCGUAAAGGCUGUAGGCUGGAGUCCUAGCACAUGUUAAUAUAAUUAUUCUCAAGGAAUUUUGUAGUUCGAAAUGUGUAUUUUCAGUUUUAAAUGAUUACAAUCUACUUUGAUUUUCAUUUCCUUUCUGUCUUUGGAGAGAAAAUGAAUUGAGAAUCAAACAAGGUACAUGCAAAUUAGCAAAACCUUGGUAAUGAUCUGAGAGAAGUUCAUUCCAUAUUAGCUGCUUUUCUGGGGAACAAAAUGUUUUACCAUGAUGUACUUGAAAGAAAAACAACAUCCUUUUGCCAUUCAUUUCAAGAGAAGCCAUGAGUCACAAGUGAUGUUAUUAUCAUUGACGAAAUAAAGAUCAAUAAAAUGACUUGAAAUUAUUUGUAUUAGUAGGGGAGAAAGGCCUAUCUGCUCUCUCAUUCAUCUGUUCAACCACUACAAAAGGUCCUUGUGGUUUGUAAGUUAUUGUAUUGGCCUAACACAUUGUAUUACUUACUGUGUGUAGGUGUUGUGGCUCUCUGGCGAACUUGUGAAAAGCUCCAGUCCUGGUGUAGAAGGUCUGUGUCAAGCUCUUCUGAGGCAAAUUUCUGGAGGGGAUAACUCCCCAUCAAAUGUCUGGCUUGCAGAAAAUGUUCUGGGAUUAUUAAACAGCAACAGGUAUAAAAUUCAUUCCUUAGCUUUCAUAUCUGGAUUGAAUGAAUGUAAAAGAUUUGUAUAACAUGUGUACCUGUUUGUUUUUUAUCGUUGAAGUUUAAUAAUCAUUAUUAUUUAUUACAGGAAUAAAGUAACCAGCACCAACUCCAAAAAAAAUUGUAUUUGCAACCCGGGUGUUUAAAUGAUUGAUUUUGCAAUUGGAAGUGGUCUCAUUAAAACAAGGGGCUGUCUGAGUUCAAAACAAUGUGCUUGUAAGCAUGAUAAAAUUGGUUUUGGUUGAUUAUAUUAAUAUAAUACUUUUAAUAGUAAUGUUGUGAGAGAGUUUUGAUUCAAUCACAAAUUUAACGAUUAAAUGCAAAACUAACACAAGGAAGGAGGUACUGGUCAGUAAGUUUCAACAUUGAAUUGAAAACUGGGAGGGUUUGGAAACAAGAUAUUUAAUUUUUUUAUUUCUUCAAGAACAUGGUUGGAGAAAAAUCCAAUUCUGCUGGCAACUGCUGUUUACACUUACCUCAGACUACUGGAGGAUCACGAAGCAGCACCUUUCAAAAAUUUACGGCAGAUGGAAAUAGAAUUCUGUUCAUCUCUUCUGAGAGAAAAGGUACUGUGAUAUAUUCUGCAGUAGUUUCUUUAGAAGGCAACUGCAGGCCUAAUAUAGACUUUCUUUAAAAGUUUUUAACACCCUGGUUGAUUUAGGAAAUACACAAAGGUAGAGAUCUUGUUCAUAAAGUAACAAAAAAUGCUGUUACUAGCCAGUAAUGAACAAAUAAGUAUGAUUAUGACAGAUGGAUAGAUAUUGGUAUUUCAAACUAGGGAUGUGAUUUCUGAUGUGACUUGUGUGGCUGGAUCUGAUUGUAUCUAAGCACAAGUCAAAAUGAGUGACCACACUUCAAGGAGUAUAUUCUAUUUUUAUGACUUAUUUUGUUUGUUUAUUUGAUAUGGUUUUUAUUUACAGACAAAAUAGUGCUGUCACUGUACUAUUUACUAUUGUUGUUGAGAGGGGAUGACCUCAGGAAAAUGGACAUUAAAUUGAUAUUCAUUUUUAUAUCUUAGUUUGCGGACUGCAUUCCUAUUGGGAGAGAUCUUGUGCGACUGUUACAAAAUGUUUCAAGGUUUGCUAUUCAUUUUUUAUUGUACAUUUAAGAUGACUUAAAAAUACACCAAAUGAUUUGACAAAUUGCCUCCAUCAGUUUCUGGAGCAGGAUUUGUUCAAGUGAGGAAGGAUCCUUGACUGUACCAUUAUACCUUCAAAUAAAACAAUCAAAAUACUCAAAUUUCCUGAUGGAAAUCACAAGUUGUAUGAAAUGAGCAUUACUAUAAAUUAUAGCUGAUUUUAAAAUCCUCUAAGACUAUGUACCAUACCCCCCAAAAAACCUUAAGCUGUAAUGCUUGAGUCAGCAAAGGUCAAGAUGUCAGAGUAGAAGUACAUUACAGAAAAUACCAUAAUAUUCCUUAAAUUGUGGUUUCAGUAGUGCUUCGCGUACAACCUUAGUAUGCAUUAUGUUUUCUGCAUGAUUUGCUCAUGCAAUGCAUUAGUUUGUUGAAAAUUUGCUUACUCAGCAUAUUUGCAGGCAAACAUAGUUGUGCUAAUGUUCAACGUUGGUUUAAGCAUAGUUUAGUACCUUGAAUUUGAUUUACAGUGAGGGAAGUGAGUUGAAAAAACUCUUUUAUCAGAAAUAAAGCUACAGGUUCUAAUUGGUGCGACGUCCAAUUUAUUUUUAUGUGCUUUUGUAACUUAAAAGCAGGGUUGUCACUAAGGGCCGGGGGCCGGGGAUUUUCCCCGGCUACUCAGAGCAUGAUCCCCGGCUACUUUCGUCGUUAAAUUAAACCAAAAAAGCACCCGAAAAUUCUACAUUAAAAAGGACAUAAGCAUUGAAUUAUAGCACACGUUUGAAACACACAAAGACUAUCCAUCAAACUAAAUGCAAGUUUCAUCUUCAGGUUUAAGUGAUUUCGGAAAACUUGCGUGUGAAAACUAAGAAAUGUCGAAUCAAAGACAUCUUACUUAGAUUUGGUACUAGUACACACGCGCGAGAACUCUCCAUUCGCGAAAUGUCAGUUUCAACCGUUGUGUCGGCUUUGUGUUGAACAUGUCGAAGAAGCGGCAAAGGAAUCUGCACUCUUUGUUCACGAUGAAAGAUCUGAGUAGAUCUCUGUUGACAUCCAGAAGAAGUUGAGGCUUCAUCCAAGCGUUAAAUCUCCCUGAUGCUGAUGUUGAUGAGGAUUAUCAUGAAGGCUUUGAAGAUGACGAUUGACUGAUUGCUAUGUUUAAUAAAUUGUCAUUAGUCAGUGACCAGAUCUACAUUAAGCUUUUCGUAUCGAGUAUAUAAAAUAACGCAUGGUCAAUGGUAAAUGUUCGAUCAUUGUCGGUAGGUCACAUCCUCUCAGUUCUACUUUCAAGAAGUUAUAUAUAAAAGAGAAGCUAAGCACUAGCAUCACUUUUGCAUUCUUCUCCUCGUGUCUCGUUUUGACAUCUCAGCGACGUUUAUAAAAUAUUAGCCCUGUCUUUUAAACGCUUUUACGUAGGUCAGUUUCUUCGUAUGUUAAGUGAUGUUUCGUUCCUAAAUUCGAGACCACUAAUGUUACCAGUUGUGCAGUUUAGUUUUGCCAUAUUUUAUCCGGCGAUUUUUCAUGCGUUAUGCUUGUUUUCGCCUUAUCAUACUUUCAUUUUCCAGCAAACCAUUAAAGCCUCAUGUUUGUGAUGUUUUUUCGUACAUUCAUCGACCACUUGUCUUCUUUCCGCUCCUCCGUGGGUUAAUUAAUCUGUAAUAAUAUUAGUUUUACCUUUGUUUUCGGUAAGUUGUUUCGUUCUUACGUAAAAAUAAAUAAAAAGUUAACCUACCUGUCAGUUUUUUCAGACCCAGAGCUUACAUGUAUUCCCAUUUGGCGGCCACUAAAAAAAAAACCUCCAACGAACCUUUAUGUAAAAAAAAAAACAUCAUAUUCUAGUGUCUCACAAUGUUGUAGUUUUCUUUAAUAAAGAAGUGAUUAUCAUAAAACCGCCAAUGAUAGCUCUGCUCUUGAUGAAGAUUGCUUUUUUUGGGAGGUAAUGCCCUUUGGAAAACGGUAUAGAAGUUGCACUUCAAAAACUUCUGGGGGGGGGGGGGGNGGCAAUUGCACAUGCAAUUUAUGCAAAGAAGGAAUUCAAAACUAACACAGAAGUAAGGGUGACUUGAAAUUCUAUGCAAACAGCAAUUUGAGACUAUUAAGGUAUUUUUCCUUGAAAGUGGCGUAUACUGUUUGAAUUGGCUGAACAUGUAAUUUCUUGUUAUCAUGUGUUCUCAUAAUUGUAAAAAAUUGUCACUGAAUGAGCCUAAAUAAGUACUUGUUACAAAAUUAAGUUGAUGUUGUUGCCAGGGAUGAUGAAGGGAUGUGUUAUAUUAGAACUAAACAGCCAUCUCUGAUCAGUGAUGAAGGACAGUGUAGUACAUGACAUGUACUACACUGUCCUUCAUCACUGAUCAUUGUAGUCGCAGCUUGUCAUAUACCUUGGUUACUGUCAGCUGAGUGAUAUUGUUAUUGAUCAUCACAGAAAAAGUCAAUUACCUUAUUGUCAUCUUGAAUCAACUGCUUUUUAUAUGUUUGUCUCACUAGAAUACCAGAAUUCACUGCAUUGUGGAAGGACAUUCUACAUAAACCUCAGUCACUUUGUCCACAGUUUACAGGUUUGUAAAGUGUUGCACUGCUAUGAUCCUUGAAUAAUUUAUGAAAUUAACAUUUUCUCGAAUGCACCCACUGUUGGCUGGUCACUACUACUUAAACCCACUAGUCAUAAAAACUUUUUGAUCAGUGGGACUGAUUACAGUUCUUCUGUAAUUUGAACUCCCCAAUUGAAAAACUUCACUUGCCCAUCAUCAAGUUACGAACAGAAUUCACUUGCCAACUGCAAAAUCCAGUAGACUGGGGUUAUCAGAUUCAACUUUCAUUGGACGCUGUUACCACUGGCUCAAAUUGCUCUGGAAAAAAAGACAUGGGAAGGUGCAUUGAGUAAAACAGCUGGCAUGACUAAUAAAAAAGCCUACUAACAUGUAGCUUUCCCUUUGCUACAUCCCUAGGCUGUGAUGUUUAAUGUGUUUUAUUUACCAGGAAAAUACUAUGAGCUAUUAAUAGAACUUAUAGUAGAACAUGAACUAUUUAAUAAUAAUAGUCCUGAUACAGAAUUAUUUUAUGAUUUCAGGUAUCUCACAACUGCUUUAUACUAGAACAUCAAGGAGGUUUUUAGCAUGCAGACUACAUCCUGAGAUGGAGAACAAGAUUUUGUUUUUAACAUCCAAGGUGUGAUAAAAAUUCAUGAUACUCUAAUCUCACUGAAAUGAUUAUAAUCUAAAUAGUCACAAAAUGCAGAAAUAGGACUGGGCAUCUUGUUUAUUGAUGCACAAUAUGAAGUGAGUGUAGAGUGUUACAAAUAACAACGUUACAGUUUUAUAAACUCAGGAAAAAUUACAACAGUAAAUAAAAUUAAAAAAAUAGAGUUGACAGAGAUGCCUUCAUGAUCAGUGGCCCUUGCAUAGCUUAACAGACCUUAAAUAAUCUACUAGCCCCUUGAGACACCUUACAAGCAAGCCUUAAAUACCUUUGCAGUUAUUAUGUAACAUAGUAAACAUACUCUUGUGAAACUAAGAAAAUGUUACAAAAUAUAUUAAUAGAGUUAUGCUGACUAAUAAUCAUUAAAUGACCAGAGGAGAUAAAAUUUUUCUUGGUUUGAAAAAAUUAAUGUAUAAACCAGUUUAAUGUCUGGUUUUCUUUGUCUCUUGUUGUGUUAAUGAUUACAACACAAAGGAAACUAAAAAUUAAACAGGUUUGGAUCACUAAAACAAGUCAAAGGACAUCUGCAUUGCUUUUCUCAUAAUUCCUCGCCUUUUUUUCUUUGUAUAGAAAAUAUGAACUGCCUAACAUGUUAGGUGGAUGCACAGUGUAAUAUAUCUGUUCUGAACUAAGUGUGAAAUAUUCAUGUAACGUAGAUACAUGUACAUUAAGAACAUUUGAAUGUGGCAAUAAAUCGCAGUGGAAAGGAAAAUGUUGGUCCCUCAAGUCCCAAAGGAUGAAGAAGUGAAGUUGACCAAAAAGAAGAGUGCACAAAUGAGAGAGUAUCAACACGGAGCUGAAACAAUUAUCGAUUACCAAAGGAGCAUAAUCAACUCCCUUAGUUCAGAUCAGUAUCUGUUUGAUUGUAGAAUAAAUUAUUGUUUGGCAUGGUGGUGAGAUUGAUAAUUUAUUAUUCAAAUGUUGCAGGUACGAUUUGGCCAGCAAAAAAGGUACCAAGAUUGGUUUCAAAAGCAGGUUAGUUUGAGAUACCUUUGUCUCAAUAUGCCUUUUUUGAUACUAAGCGCCAUCUGUUAGCUCAGUUUUUUUAAAAUAACCGGUAAAUCUUUGCUCAAAAACAUUUUAAGAAGUUUAAAAAAUGUUGAAAAACAUGAUGAUAUUUAUAGACAUUCUCGAACAUCAUUAUCAAGUCAAAAGACAAUAGCGUAUGCAUGUUCUAUAGAUAAUAAGAAAAUUCAAUAGAUCAUUACAGAGAAAUCAAAAUGAACUUAAAAUUAAAAUAUGUCCCUAGGUAAAUGAUGAGUUUUGCACUAAUGGCAUCAGCUCAGCUCUGAGUAUCAAGACUAGGCCUGAGUUCUUUGAUGCAUAACAUCUGAUAAACAAAAUCACUUCUUUUUUAUACAGAAAAAAAUUUGUCAUUCUAACUUACAUGGUUGAUCAGCAAAUAUCCCAAAAUCUCUACCUAGAGGCAUUGUUUUUGUUAUUUCAGUAUCUCUCAUCUCCUGAAAGUCAAACCUUGCGUGCUGAUCUGAUUCGAUACAUUGUUGGUGUGGUUCAUCCAUCUAAUGAAGUGCUAUGUUCUGAUAUAAUACCAAGGUGGGCCAUUAUUGGCUGGCUCUUAACAUCCUGCCAAGUAAGUGAUAGUAAAUUACUUUGUAGGGAAUGGGUUUUAAUAAAAUUAUUUUUGGGAUGGGAAUUUCAGCGGAUUAUGCAUAAACUAUACAUCUUCUUAUACCAGUAUUUUUGAUGCCCUCCCUCUGUAUGGUUCCUAUUUCAGACUGUGGUUUCCACUGCAAAUGCUAAACUUGCCUUAUUCUAUGACUGGCUUUUUUACCAGCCUGACAAAGACAACAUAAUGAAUAUCGGUGAGAGUUUCUAUAACUAUUAUAACUAUUUUUGCUACCCUUCAUUGGCAUCAGCAUUGGCUACCUGUGGAAUAAUAUUUGCUCGGAACAACAGAAUCUAAUCUGUAUUUUUCUAUUUUCUAAUGUAUUUGAUGUAUUUUUUGUUGUUGUUUAGAGCCAGCUAUCUUGUUGAUGCACCAUUCAAUCCGGAGUCAUCCCACCAUCACCAGUACUUUGUUGGACUUCCUUUGUCGAGUAACAACUUUUUUCUUUGAUCUAUCUUCCUCCUCCCCCCCCCCCCCCCCCCCCCAAUCUUUUUUUUGCGCGGGUGUUUUGCUUUUUUUCUCCACAAAAAAAAAUUAUUAACAAAUUCUUUUGUGUUCAUGAAGCGGUCGCUUGCGUGUGUCAUUUUUUUUUUUUUUUUUUUUUAUAUUUUUUUUUGACCACACAAAAAAUAAAUAACAAAAAAUAUUUUUUAUAUUCUAAAAAAAACACAGAAACUAAUUCUCUUCCCCCCCCCCCCCCCCCCCCCCCCAAUUCACAAUUGUAUGACCGAGGUUGUGACUUGUUUCUGGCACAAAACAAUAAUUUCCAGACAUAUUCGUGACCAUGGACAGUCAGUGGUUCGCUGGAAUCAUUGUACAUUUUGCCUUUGAAAUAUUUCCCUUGAGUCAAACAAACAAAUGCUAUAAGAGAAAUUUUAGUUUAUGGCAAAAUACCCAAAUGGAUAUUGUUAGACAUCGUUUGCAUCUUGAACAUCAUAUUUCAAAAUGAAAUUGACGUUGUGAUAUUGUCAAAAUGUGAGAGGAACAAUUUCACCCUGUUUCUGUGGAAUAAAUGCAGUCAUAAUUUGCAAAUUUAUGUAGAUCAAGGAACUUAAAAUGUUCGUGCGCAAAUGUGUCUCAAUGAUGCUGUUAUCUUUACUCUUUCAAGAUCAUACCCAAUUACAGUACUUUACCAGAUGUCCAAGCAAGACAAGGAGUUAUCAAGGCGUUUAGGCACAUUCUCAGUAAAAAGGUUGUAAUGUAAGUAAUGUUCAACAGUUUUUAAUAGCAAACAAACAAAUCUUUUUAAUUUGUUACCGAUUCACUUAUAUAUGUACUUUUCUCCUUUUGACAACUGAUCGAAGGUCACUCUCUCCAUUACUGGAUAAUUCCAAAAUGGAAAGAGACUUAAGAAUUGUGGUCAGGACAACUCUAGCUGAGUUCUGUGAUUCAGGUACAGUAAAAAUACUGUGUACGUAUUCUAGGCAGGUUUUGUCUCUGAAUUUUAACUGGUCAAAUUCUUUUCUGAUAUUACUACAAAAAUUAGAAACCAAUUUAGUUUAUCAACUGUGUUGUUCAAGUGAAUUUUCCACAGCAAAUUGAUAUAUGUUACUGAAUUUAUCAAGGCCAUUUCUUUGUCUAAGCGAUUCGCUCUGACAAAGUGCUGCCUCUGGAAGCGUCGACAAAUUUCUCUGUCGAAGGACCAGGGCUUGAAACGUAAGCUUCAGCAUCUUUACGGUGACAAAUUUACUUUAAGUAGUUUUCUUUAACUAGCUGAAAUUUGAUCUCGUUAUUUUAACUCUUUCAAAGAUAAUACGACACUUUUAGGUCGAAGUAUUUUUAGUAAAGGUUAUUUCAGUUCUUAUAUGAAGGACGCCCAUGCUUUCCAGUUUAUAUUUAGGGUUACAGUUGUCUAAUUUGAUUGAUUCCCAUAACAUGGUGGUUGUUUGGCCCAACUCGUGCAUGCUGGAUAAAACUGAAGUGGUCUCCUCCUUAAAGGAGAGGAGUUUCUAUUUGAAAGACUUAAUUGUACUGGUAAAUUUUGCAGGUUCAAAACUAGAAGAGUCUUCCACAUCAGCUUUUAGUAAAGUUGAAGGUUCUUCUGCUUCAAAUGACAUACUUGGUUCACUGGGCUCCAGGAUGAUUGGGGCAGCAGACAGCAAUGGCGGUAACAGCAGCAGCACAAAAGAUUCUGAGCUGGUGGACAGUGGGAUGGAUGAUGAACUUGAACAACCCGAUGACGAAGCUGUCUUCUCUGACCCUGAAGAGGAUGAUGAUGGCGACGUAGCGCCUGGUAAGCCCAACGGCGCCGGAGGAAGAGAGAAAGAUUACGAAUUCAAACCGAUUGAAAAGGAAGGCGUGGAUGAAAACGAAGAACGUGACAGUAGUGAAGAUAUCACUGAACUAGAAGAACUUGAAAAUUUAGGCGAUGAGUUGAAAGAGCUGCUUAUUAAAUUCUCUCAAGAAAGGUAUGCCAGUUAUUAAAAUACUGCAAGUAUCAGUUUCUUUCAGUUUUCUUCACGCUUACACCGUUCGUUUUUUGUUGUUUUUCAGUGAUGUUGGAGUGAGGUGUAGUCUAAUGGAAAAUAUUCUUAAGAGUAUCACAUCCCUGGUGAGUCCUUUUACUCAUCAAAUGUUUAAGCGUAAAACCUAAUUUUUAAUGCCCUGUUUGUAAAAAUCUUUCAUAGUCAUAUAUAAAUCUUUGCUUUUCUAAAUUAUACUUUUAACCUAUCUCGUCGGACUAGCUAAAUGAUUGUCUUUUAUAUGUGGCUUGAAGUGAUCAAUCGUCAUUUUGCCCUUUUUAACCUCAUUUAUGAUCUGGUAAUUAAUACGAGUCCUUUUUCUCAACUAACCAACUGUCACAGUUUUGACUAUCGUUCACCGGUUCAGGAAACCUUGUUCGGCUAUCAGUAUCAUAUUAUUUGUUUCUGUUCUAUUACCCUCAAUUUAUAUGGGUUUCCAUCAAUCCUGAUGCCAGUUUAAACUUUUCAGGAUGAAUUUGAAGAUGACACAGCCAAAUCUCUUGCUGUUUGUCUUAACUUUUGCAUGGUGGAUGAUUUAAUGGCUCCUUGUAUCAUGAAAGACAGGUAAAUAUCAACAGAAUCAAUCAGAAGAUAACCAGCGCUGACUCUAACUGUCUGUUAAUGCCUAUUCUACCUUAUAGAGCGGUUUUACAGGACAAUGUGAUGACAUGCAAUUGGUUUAAUGGCCUCUGUCUCUUAUAACAGGCUAAACAAAUGUUAAGAUUUUGACUACGUUUUUCAAAGGUGUGAACUUUUCUCUCGCGUGUUGUUGUCGUUUUUUUGCUUCUGUCAGUCAUAGUUGCGAUAAAACGAAAUAAGGCGAAAUGAAUUGAAAUUUAUUCCUACCCCGAGACGCUACCUUUCGAACCCGCUAAAGUACACCAAUGUUUCCUGAGAAGUCCGUUAGAGUGAUUGAACGAAGCGAAAAACGUUAAUGUCAGAAAAAGCUCUUAAUGUAAAACUCAGCAAUACCUUUAUAACAAUCUACAAGACUAACCACAAUAUUUUGCAAAUUGAAAGAAAAUAAGUGUUACUAAGACCUUAGUUAGUAAACCGAAGAAAGUCGGAAAUUUGUCAAAGCUGUUGUUGUUGUGCAUAUUUUGUCUAAAUGAGGAAAAUGGAGUCCCAAAAUAGACAAUCUGUGUUUAGUUUUUUUGUUUUAGUUAGUUUGUUUUCUGUACUUUUCUGUAAGUAGGCCCUCUCCAAGAAAGACAAUUCAAAAGAAAAACAAUGGGGUAAAAAAUUUCUGCACCAAUCCAUGAACAUCUCAUGUAUGCUCCUCUCACGUGUGACUUGUCUCCCCCCUCUAAUGUUUUCUUAUAUUAUAAUGGAUAUCUUUUUUGCUUCCAUUAGAAAUGUGGAGGACUGUUUGGACGGGCCUCUUUAUGUUCUCUGCCAGUGAGUAUAUCUUUUUGUCUCACUUUUUAGCCUGGGUGGCUGACUCGCUUACUGACUGACCGGCUGGCUGACUAACAGUAAUUCUCACUAGUUGGCUGAGUGGCUUUACUACUGACUACAUUAUUGGCCAGAUAAUUAUCUGACUUUUUAGCUUAACUCAAAAGUGAAAGUUUUCAGCAACAAUCCUAAUAAAAACGUCUAUCCAGCAGGAAUACGAAAUGUGAUAUGAGCGAUGGCAACGGGCUUUCGUUUGUUUAGAAUUAAAUCAUAUAAAAAAAAAAAAUAGUAUAGUAUACAGUCAAUAGCGUGAAAUUGUUUUGAUGAAUCAAAAUAGUUGGAAUCGUGCUUAUGUAUUUGAAUCUUGUUGCAGGAAUAUCUGCAUACUCCCCACACAUGACGUUGGUAGAGAACGUUAUCUGACAUUAUUAGGCGCUCUACACGGUGUGGAUAACAAGAUUGGAUAUCGAUUUCUUUUCUUUCUGAAAGCAAGGUUAGAUGUGAUAAGCCAAUAUAGCAGUACAACAACACUGCAUGAGAGGAACUGAGACGUGCAUCAAUACAUAUAACAAUAUAUCAAUACAUAUAAUCAAUAUUGUUCGUGGACGCUAAAUUAUUAAGCGUCCAGGAACAGUCUUGGCAAAUAUGUCAUACGUCCAUGUUCACAUUAUCCUUCCUUCAUGCUCAUAUAAGGGAGCUUAAGUAACAGCCACGGCGACGGCAACGAGAACGUCAAAAAAUCAAUGAAUGAAUGAACUUUUUUUAUACACGGUAGUAAUUUCAAUAUGUAAAAGCUGGUUUUCAAAUUAGCCGUGUUAGCAAUUCUAACUAACUACAUGACAAUGAUUAAAACUAUCGUUACAAAUACUAAAAGUAUAGACGGAAUAUUAAGUAUUUAUUUAAAAAUAAUGAUAAUAAAACACCUAAUGCAAUUAAUUAUCAUGGUGGUCUCUCAAGUACGUCUUGAACCUAUUUAAUGUCGCUAAGUCUCUGAAAUGAUUCGGAAAUUCAUUCCAUGCAAUUGCCCCACGGAAAGCAAAAGUUUUUUUCUAACGAGUUCGUUUGAGUUUUGGGCAACUGCAAGUCGAACUUACUACCUCUGAGGUUGUAAUUGUGUCAGUCGAAAAAGCUCUUUUAAGUAUUCCCUGGUAUUCAGGUACAGCCGCAUGAUAAACUUUAUACAUCAUGAUAUUCAUUUGUAUUCUCCACUUAUCAGGCGGCGUUGGGAAACAGCUCUUUUAGAAUAUCACACGAUCUUACUGAACAGUCCACUUUUGUAAUAAUGCCUUCUGCUCUAUUUUGGAGUUUCUGCAAUUGAUCUGCACGCAUUUGUGAGUAAUUACCCUAUACAAGGCCGCAAUAGUCGGCUCAACAAGUGAUCGAUAAACAGCGAUUAAUGUUCUUGAGUCCUUAAAACGAGAGACCUAAUUGUAUACAGCAUUCGCAGGCCAUUUUGAGCUUCAGUUAUGUUGUGGGAUAUCUGAUUUUCCCAAGACAUAGUCUCAUCAAUGUAAACUCCCGGCAAUUUCGUGGUAGUUCUCUUCUCUACGGUUUUAUCAUAUGUGCGAAGUGUUAUGUCUUUAGCUUCAAUGAUGUUUUGUCUAUAUCGAACUGUCACAUAACAUGUUUUAAAAGUGUUGCAGCUAAGCCUAUUGUUUAAUAGCCAUUUCUCAAUUACCUCUAAGUCGCUUUUUCGUUUAGGUUCAAUUUUGCUGGUACUAGAACCAGGUAUUACUAUAAUCAUAGGUAUCAUCUACAAACAUACCCGGGGUAGAAUGCUGCACGCAUUUGGGAAAGUCGUUGACGUAAAUUAAGAACAGUGAAGGACCUAAUAUUGACCGUUGAGGAACACCUUAAGUUAUAUAUUCCUCAUCAGACAGGACACCAUUAACAUAGCACGGUUGGCGUCUGUCUUUUAGGUAUGACCAGUGAUCGAAGGCCUUUUUAAGAUCAGUAAAGACGUUGCCGGUUAAUAGGCCUUCAUCCAUGUUUCCAAGCCAUAAAUUUGUCGCAAAUAUAAGUGCGGUACAAGUUGAGUGCAUACCUCGAAAUCCAGACUGAAAUUUUAAGACCAAGUUGUUUUCGGUGAAAAUUUCAAGGGCUUGCGUAUGCACUAUUCUCUCGAAUACUUUAGAGAUUGCCGGCAAUAUUGAUAUCGGUCUAUAGUUGUUAGCUACGUUUCUUUCACAGCAGAAACUUUGGCCUUUUUCCAGUCGUCAGGAAAUGUGUCAAAGCUCUGUUUAAAAUAUCACAUAUCACAUCUGAAAUGUAUGCUUGGGCUGGCAAGCUUGGAAGAAGCUUGCUUUAGAUUUUUUCUAGCCAAUUUUGUCUAAUCAGCAGGUGAAAAUUAGCAAAACAAUUACUCACGCUUUUUUGCACAUUUAUUUACCGUCACCGCACGACUACGACGUGGAAGUGCCUAAUUUCACGUUUUGUGUAGGACGUGAACGCAAGGCAACGACUUUCUUUUCCUUUUCCUGAACUUUCAUACGUCUUUUAGAGUUAAACUUCGGAAAAAUUUGCCAACAUUUAAAGAAUUGAGCCAGAUGGAAUAAGCGCGAUAAAGUUUGAAGCAGCGCGAAUUCACCUUUGACGUUUUGGUAUCCGUCGCCGUCGUUGUUGCUUAAGCUCCCUAUUCUGUUAUCCGAGAUAGAUAUAAACAAUACGAAAGAAGCAAAACCUUUUAGGUGUGACAAGAGGAGAGCUGCAAAUAACAAUCGGUCAUUGAGCAAAAAUCUGCCCGUGUCCCACGAAAUCCUACAUACCUGAGGUCUGACAUGGCGACCAGACAGAUCCGUCAAAUACCAGAGUAUCACUUUGUAGCUGAUGAUUUGCAAUGGAAUUGAAGAAAUAAAAAGUUAACAUGGUGUAUGUCUGACAUCUUUUCUUUUUUCUCCGACUAAAAUGAAAUGAAAAAUUACACCCUAUCUGAAAGGUGUUUUGCAUGGCACAUGUCCUUUAUCUAUAUGUAGGCUGGUUUGCAGAGUUAACAUGUGAUUUAAAUGCUUGCUUUGGAUUGUUACUGUGUUGAAAAUGCUGCUUAGGUUUUCAGGAGCACUAGAUGCCAUUGCUUGGACAGUGCUCCGCUUGUGCGUGAUAGCACUAUUCCUUAAGUAUGCUUAUCCCGUUAUUUUCUUUUUCCUUAUGGCCUUGGUAGUGUUCUGGACGAUGAACGACUUACAAUGUACGAAGAUUUUGCCAGCACAUUCCGAGGAGAGAAGACAAUUCAGGCUUGUUUAUGCGAAGACCUUAAGGUCAGCGGUUAUUUCUUGUUACUUCUGUCUCAGUCAAACUCUUGUACUUAUUUUGCAUCUCAAAAUUUUUUCCUCACGUUCUUGCUCUUUAGAUGUGAAAAACUUGUCUUUGUAGGUUUGUCAAGAUUAUGAUAUCAAGGCUUUUCGCUACAUCAUUUCAUCUAUUUACAAAAAGGUACGCGCACUUAAACGAAUUAAUCAUGUGUAGUGUUGUUUUUUGUUUGGUGACAGACCAAACACAUACUUCACUCGACCAAAGCAACAAUGUUAAGCCGAGAAGGAAUCACUUGAAAGAUUACGUUAAAAAGUGUGGUUUUCCGCUGGCUGAGGAGCGAACGAAGUAGGAAACAUUUUUCUCACACACUGCUAAGCUGGGAGUAGGAAUUCGAAUAAGCUGGGUGUCUUCAGUUCACAUGGUGUUUCAAAAUUCAGUUUGUUUUGUUGCGAUCCGCUAUUGCCUGACCUGCCCCACCCCCCCCACCCCCCCACCCCUCAUGUGUUUUUGUGUGCCACGCCCAACCACAUUUCACGUAGUGCCGCAGUUCUGGUUGUUCAUGUAUCUAGAAGCAGUUUCUUUUCAGCCGUUUUUAGUUCUUCUGUUGCUGUAAUACUGCUGAUUUGUGGUGUUGUUAUUAAAGGUCAGGCUGCUUGGUUGGUUUUGCAUUGCUCCCAGUUGUGUGCGAGAAAGCUGAAAUGUUUCUACUUCUUAUGAGUUUGGAAGUAAGCAAUUCUUAACAUAAAUAACUGAAAACAGUCUAUCACCCAGUAUGACAUCAUAUGGCGAAUCUCCCGUUAAUGACAUGUAAUAUUUGUGGAGAGCUUUAGAGUUACAACUGUAACGCAAUUCGCAAUAUCGCGGAUACAAAAUGUCAGUUAAAUGUUAUAUAAACAACAAGAUAUUCAUCUUAAAGUUUGUCCCGCCGGGAUUAAGGGUUUCUAGAUCUUCUUGUUUAAUCAGUUCUUUCAUGUUUAGUUUCCAGAGCAUGUUGUUGGUAACUCCGAGGUUCUUCACAUGCUUGUUGGAAUCAUGGAACCACGGCAGGUAACUACCAACAAACGAUCACGUUUCUUACUUCGUUAAAAUGAAUUCCAGUCUGACUUUUGAUUAAAAUCGACAAAUACAUUGAAACCCCUUUUAGCGCCCCUCCCCCCUGGGGAGGGGGGUUAAAGUGGAUGCUCAAUAGAGGUUCCAUUUACAGUGAUGACGGACAGUUUUGUCCGCUUGGAUCCGGGUAACUGGCCCCUAAAUAGAGUGUGUCCGGUUAAUAGGACAUUGCUCAAUAGAUGUUCGACCGUACUCAGCAAAGAGAAUCAUAUAAACCUUGUACUUGUAAUUUUUGGUAACUUUGGUAACUGUGUGAUGCUUGUGAAUAAAACUACUGAUUGCCUCAUACUAAUUGCUGUACUGUCCUAAUUGUGUGUUUUUGUUUCUUGUUUCUUUGGUUUUUUUUGUUUUGUUAGUUAAACCAGCUCAUGAGUGAGAUAACAUUAGGAGAGUUGACGAUAUUUGGAGAAGAUAGUAAACUUGACUCGUUGUUAGGUAAUCAGCCUACUUUUUCACUUGCUAACCAACGGUACUGACCGGUUUCUAUAGGAAUCCGUUUAAACCCUUUAUCACUCAUCGCUUUAGUCGAGGAAGACACUAUAUUCGUGAUCUCACGAGCGUGAGACGAAGCCGAAAAGUUUGCGAGUCUUCAGCCGGAUUCGAACCCGGAACUUCCCACAAUACUAAGCGGUGAUCUCUUCGUUGAGCUGCGCGGAACUUAGGGCGCGUUCGAUUGACCGUAUUUCGGGGUAAGAAUUAAUCGAAUAAAAUCUAGAAAUCACUUGUUUUUGGCUUUUAUUGUAUUUCAACAUUUACAGAACUGCUUGAAAUAACAUAUUCCUCUGUAUAUAAAGUUUAAAUGGUCCAAAAAUCACGGUAGAAGAGAUUUCUAGCAAAAAUUUUGGCGUGUUCUAAUUCCGGAAUACGAUCAAUCGACCGCACCCUGCUAGCUAGGCCGUUUGCUUUUAAGUUUUUUUGCAAAUAUCCGUCACUGCUAAGAUAGCAUAUUUUUAGGGUGGUAAGUAGCUUGUCACGGAUAAGUGAUGAGUAAGUUGUCGCGGCGGAAAGAUAAUAGAGUUUAGGGUGAUCUAUUACUGAGUACAUGUCAUUUUUUCUAGAAAGCACUCUUGAAUGGGAAUCAUUUGAACAGCAAUGUGUUUGGCACUUGAUCCAAGCUGAGGAUGUGUUACUGGAGUCUUUUGUUAACAUUCUUCCUUCUCUCAAGCAAGAUCAACAUGCAGAGGCCUUGUCAAACUUACUUAUUCUCAUGAAAAGUGUUUCGUAAGUCUUUUUUUUCCAUUGUUUUCAUGUUUACGGGUGUUGCGAAUUGAUCCGUCGAUGGUCAUGGCAAUAUUUUGCCAUAAUGUGCAAACUCUUUUGGCGGAAGAGGUGCUGAAAUUUUAAAUGAGAUUUCUCCUCCUGAACGCAGAUAGCCUGAGUAUCAGGCCUUCCUAAGGGGAUGGGGGAGAGGAGAUUUUCUUUCCCCGUUUCCCCCAGAAACGCCUGAUACUCAGGCUAGAACGCAGACGUGUACAUGUGGAAAUUGUAAUAAGUGGUUAAAAUGCUUUGUUUAUAGUAUAAGUGCAUUCAGCUGUUCUAGCUGACUUGAUCCAACGAACAAUACACAUAAACUGUCAGGAGGCUGCAACCAGUUGGCGAUUUUCACGCGUGAACUUGAACUUGGGGCGACUGAAAAACAAAUUCAGCUAGUGGUCGUUAGCAGAGCGGGUCCUGAACUCGGACCUGCCAGAUUACUACUCCGACGCGCUGAAAAGUCUGUCACGUUGCCUGUUGUAGAUAUUUUUAGUCUUGUUAAGUUCCGUGCCAACACAUUGCCACGUAUCCAUGACCCUUAUUCUUUCCCUGCGAUGUUAAAUCAUUGAACUUUUUACGGUAUUCAUUUCAUGUUCUCAUUUUAAGCGCGUUUGAUGUAGUCCUUCAACAGAUCUGGUGAUUCCAGUCCUUUCCAUGGAGUGCUCUGACAAGAGGCCUGGAAAUCAGUUCAGUGUCUCGUUGCUUAGGUACUGGGCACAGGAAUACUCAAGGGAACUGGCGCAGCUUAUUGGUCAGCAGCUGUGCAAACAAGCUUCUGCCGGCAAGAAGAGAAAGUAAUUCUGUUUUCAUAAUGGUUGUCAUAAGUAUGUUGAAUACGAUGGUCCAGGUGAACGUAGAACUGAUUUAAGGACUGUUGGUUACAGUGGUAGUCUUGAUUUCUGGAUCUUUGACCUCAUCGAUAAAGCCGCGAUAAUAAUGGUCAUGAAAGGCUGUGAACAGUCUAAUACACUGUAUUGCAGUUUCAAUACAUGCAUAACUCAAUGUGGGUUUUUUAAGGCUUUGUUUUUUCCGAUUUGAUCUGUGUACUGUACGUUUUCUUGUAGGAAUGCAAAGAGCCAGCCAGGUACCAACUUAGAGCUAGUUCUACAUCAUUUAGACUGGCUGCACAAGAUCUGCCAGGAACAAGAAGACAUGAGUUGUAAGUAUUAUUACAUCGUUGCAUACAGCACUUCUGUCAUGUAUUAACCUAUAAGAAAUGACCCAGCUGACCAGCGGUCUCUCAGUAGCUACUUCGUGUCUUUGAAUGGCUUCUAUGUAAAGCAAUCUACUCGAUUUCUGUUAUGGAUCUUGGAGAGAACAAACUAUACUGAUAUCUCAUUUCUAGCUGGUUCCUGGCGGUAUGAUAAUAGUCGGGAUCCAAUUUUUUACUCUACAGCCUAAGAAAACCAGCUGACGACAAUUCCCGACUCUACCACUGUUUUCCCCGCGAAAUAACGUCUGAGGAACGAGCGCAGAAAUUUCAUACUGAUCACGUGUCACUACUCAGAUGUGGAUGGUGCUUCUGAUUGGCUGAAGCAAGUUACUCUCGUGGCACAACCAAUCAGGGGCCUACCCAGGUCUGGGUAGUGAAAACGUCAUCAGUAUUUCUGCACUCGUUCCUUAGACGUGUUUUCGCGGGGAAACUCGCGGCACUGGCGUUGCAUAAUGUCGGCUAUCACUCACGCUUUUUCGAUGCCUUGACAAAUUUGCCCCAGUUGUUCAAACGCUGGAUACCGCUAUCCAGCAGACAAAUCACCAUCCAGCGGAUAAGUAGUAGGGAAACUAAUUGUGUUAUCCAAUGGAUAGUGCUAUCCACCUUUUUACCAACUGAGCUCCUGUCCUUCUCAUCCCCGUGCCCUACCCACUUUGAUCCACUAUCUCAACGUCUGUUACGAGCCAUCUCAUUUGGUAUCGUCAAACCAACAUUUCCCCGUGAAAGGUCCACAAUAUGUUAGUUUUAUUUCGCUGCAUUCUCUCUAAACUGUCUUAUUUUUACUUCUCGUAGUUUUCAAACAUGAAGGUCUGAGAUCAGCUUUGGAUCAAGUUAAACUAACAGCAAGUGAAGCAAGGAAAAACAAGUAUGUCAAGUUCAGUUACGGGUUUAUUCCAGUUUCAAAUCUUACUAUUAAGUUCUGUGACACAUUAUUGUUCAUUCGUGAUUUUAAAGUUUGAAGCAGAAAACAGACCUUUAUUGGUGUGUUACUGUGUAACUCAGUGGCUUUGUAGAAUGUUUUAUUUUAGGUGCACACAACAUAAAAGCUGCGUUUACACCUGACUUUGCCCGAAACCUUCCCUUGAAGAAACAGCUUAGGUUGGACUUUCUCUGGGUUUUGAUCACUUCAUGUUUGCGUUUACACGUCAAUAAAUUGCCCAAGGGGAAUAUGUCUAGGGAUAAAAAUGAUCGGUCCCUAACCGUCUCUGCCACUACACGGUGCGUAUGCGUUGUGUGUUCCUUGUAAAAUCUGUAAAAUCUGUUUGUUGUCAGGUUUAAGUUGUUGUUUUCGCUGUGCGAUGACAAGGACUCUAGAAAAAGGACAACACGCGCUUCCAUAAUGGCUGCCAACAGAGCUGCAUCCUCAUCUUCUGAGAGCGAAGAGGUUAGCCAAUAGGCCAAUAGCAUAUAUUGGGUAUCUUGAAUUUUGUAAGAUUUCAUUCAAGUAAGAAUCUCCCAAUGUAAGAGAAUCCGGAUUCCGGAAUCCGAGAAAUUUUUACUUGUGGAAUGUGGAAUCCUGGCCUUUGGAAAACGGAAUACUGUUCAAGGAAUCUGGAUUCCCACUAACAAUUGGAAUCCGCAAUCCAUUAUGUGGAAUCCAGAAUCCAAGACUGUCUUGUAUUCUCUUACUUGGGGCAGUAAGUACAAGUAUGGAAAGAAAAGUGAAUCAACGGGAUUAUACUGUCAGUAUCAGAAUGUGCAAUAGUGGCCGUAGUUACGAAGACUUUUUUGUUUGAGUGCGGACUGACGGGACGGCGCAAUUGAGACUGCUGUGGAGCACUUUGUGUUUAUCUAAUAUUUACACUGUAUAAGAAAUGUUUGUAAAAGAAAGUCAGUACUGAAAUGUUAAAGUGUCGGACGAAACGUUUCGGGAAAAUCUCGUUCAUCAGUCGUUGGAAAUGUUUGCUAAAACCGCUCGUAAAAUCAACCUUUGAAUUACGCCUCACGGUUUUGUCAACCAUUUCGUACCACUGAUGAAAGAGUUAAUUCCAAAGCGUUUCCUCUGUAACUUCAACACUUCAGAACAGUUUUUUCUCGAACACAUUAUAAAUUCAGAAAGAAAACGCAAAGGGAAUUAAUAUUUAAUGAGUGUUUGAAAUCAGAUGGAAAGCUCCUCAUUUUUGCAUCCUUAUCAUAAUCCUUAAUUUCUUCCUCUAAAGUCAAGCAAACAUACCACACAGUAUUUGAUCACAAUAUCACCUACCUUGACGUUUGUCACAAUACUCCACUGCGCGUCGUAUUUUCAAUGCGGAGUCUUAUUUUCAUGGCAUUUCUCAGUGUUUAAACUUGUGAUGGAACACACUCUUUACUCAUGUUUUAUAUAUUACGUCAAGGCAAUCCCGCCGCUCUCUCCUCUAAGUCAAGUGUUACUUCCGGCAUGGAGGAGUUGUUGCGUUUCCUUUCCAGUUUUGCUUUCGUUUUGUUUGUUUCUUGUACUUUAAUUCUUGGUUUAUGUGUAGUGUGUCAGUGAUAAAUAUAUAAAUAUAAGAAUCUAGACUUUUCUGUAAAAUAAAAUCACCAGUGCGAGGCAAUCUCGAGGCACUUUCAUUAUGUAGGCGACAAAGAUACAACCCAUCCUCUCUAAGAUCAAGUGGUAAUUCAUUCAUCCUUUUAGCCGUCUGGUAACUGAUUAAGGUCGUCUUAGUUUAAGAAGAUUCAUUUCAAUUCUAUACAUAUAUAUAUAUAUAUUUUUUUUUUUUUUUUUUUUUUUAAUAUGGAAAAAAAAACUGGCGGGAAACCUUUUAACGCUAAAAGGGAAAGGAAAAAAAAACACACUUUUGAUUUCAACGAGGGUGAGUUGGCUAAAGGGAGACUUGAAAAACAGUUAGAAAUAAUCUUAGCUGUAGUGUAAUGGAUUAAGGAUGUUUUAUUUUAAAAAUAUUUUUUUUUAUUUUUUUUUUUUAUAUAUAUAUAUUUUUUUUUUUUUUUUUUUUCUGUACAUAGGAAGAAGAACCAGCCGUGAAGCCUCGUAACGCUAAACGGAGAAGGAAAACUAACACGACUGUUGAUUCAGACAGUGAUGAGUGA